CAUAAUUGAUUCCAUGGUUUAAUUUUUCCUUUAGCUUACCAUUUUUUAGUAUUAUUAUAGUUAAGGACAAGAGUUUGUCAUAGGGAUAUUAUAGGCUAUUUUUUCUUCUUAGAUUUUUUUCCUUUUAAGAAUAAGAAUCAUGUGAACACAAAGCAAAAUCAGAGGUAAUGUGGUUAUGAUUAUGGCAAGGUUAAUAUGGCAAAGAUUAUCGGAUCCAGUUUUCACAGCAGAUUGGGCAUUUCUGUGGCAUAAAACAAUGUGACAGGCCACUGCAAUUAUACCAUCACACUUAUGCAAGUUAUACGCUCAGAUAUUAUACUUAGCACUCGCUAAUGCUAAUUGCACACUAUUGCAUUCACAAAAAAAAAAAAAAGGGGGGGGGGAGAGAGGAAUGUGCUUGGGUUUUCUUUGAUGGAUAUCAGCUUGUAUGUUCAGCCUGUUUUCUUGGCAGUAAGCAAAGAUUUUGCUCAGAUGGCUGUGUAUGGGAAUAUAUACUGAGAUAUGGUUAUGCUUUGCUCACGCUUAAUGAUUUAGGUACUUCACAAGCUUCUAGCAAUGCUGGUUUAAUGAAUAGGCAAUUGCAAAAGUAGAGCUUACCAGUUCAACCUUCUGUUAUGAGGGGCAGACCUACGCAUUGGACAAGAAGAGGAACAGCUGCCUUUGUUAGUAAUGUUUUGGGGUGCUGUGUUUUCCGUUCCUUUUGCAAGGGCGCUUCAAAUUGUAUGAGAAACACUACCUUCAUUUUUAAGAAAAAACAAAAAUGGGAUUUGUGGGAAUGCAAAGUGAAGGAUGUGAGAACGGAGUGAAGAAGUAUAACAACAGAUGGAUGCUGAUUUUGGUUCCCACCAGCUGCUGACUACCUUGUCUCAGAAGGGAUAGAUUACGGACAAUAUAUUCGAGCUGUAAUACAAUAAAACUAUCUCUGGCAUAGUUCACAUUGAAUCGUCCAGAGUCCUGCAUGGCAAGGCCUUGAUCACAUUCAUCUGCAGGCUUUUGACCACAGUUCCUGUGGCAAGCAAAGGUAACAAGCAGCUAAGUCUGCAACAAUUAGGAGUUGACCUGCUGGAAAGCAGCUCUGUGGAGAAGAGUCUGGGAGUGCCAGCAGACAACAAAUUAACCAUGCCAGCAGUGUGUCCUUGUGACCAAGAAAGCAAAUGGUCUUCUGGGGUGCAUUAAGGAGAAUGUGACCAGCAGGUUAAGGGAGAUUCUCCUCUCCCUCUACUCUGCCCCAGUGAGUCUAUAUCCAGAGUACCAUGUCCAUUUAUGUGCUCCCCAGUUCAAGAGAGACAGGGAACUACUGGAAAGUGUCCAACAGAGGGACACAAAGACUGGAGCAUCUCUCCUAUGGGGAAAGGCCAAGCAACCUAAGGCUCUUUAGUCUGGAAAAGACUGAGAGGGGAUCUUGUCAAUGCUUACAAAUAUCUAAAGGCUUUUCAAUCAAGUUAAAAUGUUACUAUCCUGGAUAAAUACUCCUACAGUAUUCAACUCAAAUAGCACAGAAUCCUGAAAAGACUGAACAUUGGAUUUUUAUCCAUUUAGGUGAAAAGCUAGUGUUACAAGUGCAAGCCCCUAACAAGAAUGGAGCUUCCAGUUAAGGCAAUAUGCAUGGCAUUGAAGCAGCUAUGAAGUGAUUCUUGUUCUCUGGAAGUGUGGAAGGUGUACAUGGUAACUUCUUAUCACAGAAAACCUUGCCUGAGCCUUUGUGCCAGCAUCAUAACUUCCAUAAAUCAUUGAAAGACCUGUUUUCCAUUUGGGCACCUAAAGAUAACUAUAGAAGAGAAAAAUAAUAUUCUGAAUUAAACUGUGAAUAUUUCUAGUCUGUGUCCUUGGAAAUCUGUGGUCAGGUAAUUUAUCAACACUGAUAGGAUGAGAUGACCUUUGGAAGUCCCUUCCAACCCAAACCAUUCCACAAUUCUAUUUAGUCUAUUAAAAGCUAUGUAUAUUCCCCAUAGUCUACACACACUACAGAAAUCAUUUUGCAUAGGUAGCCUUUAUUCUGGCAAUUCCUAGCUUUUUAAUACUAGGUUUUGCUUUCUGAAGAAUAUUAAUUAACACAUGCAUGACAUAAAGAACCUACCAGUGUUAGUAAAACAUAAGAUUUUACAUCUGAAAUUACAGAAUUUUCAUUCAUAUUCAUACUCCACUGAAUAAAGUACAUGAAUUCUACCUUGUCAUCCUGAGCGAUCACUCUGUCAGCUUUAAAAAUGUUCACUCUCGUCUUAUUCCUCAUACAGCUUUUAUGCCUUCAAACAUUUUUUUCUGUUGUGAUCACUGUACACUUCUACAACAAGCCUCCACUUCUACAAUUAUUGUAUGUUUGCUAAGAUAUGUAUUUUCAUAUAUUUCACUUACUGGUGAUCUUGGUUUUCAUUUACUUGCUUCUCUUUUGUAUCUUCUGUUACCUUUGCAAACACCCUCAAGGAAUAUUACCUCAGAAUCUCACCAGAACUGUAAAACUGAGGCUACAAUUCUGAUGUGCAAUAUGCUAUUAGGACAUCUUCAAGAGGGCAUCUUGCAUAUUACCUAGUUAGUGUUUACUGAUGUGCUAAUGUAAUAAUGACCUAUCUGCCUCUGCUCCUCCCUGGGUACUUUCUAUCUAUAGGGAUGAGAAAUAAUGACAGUCUCUCUGUGCUGCCUGAUGUCAGAGCUGAGAAAGGUGUGAAGGGUAUAUAAGAGCUGUAUUACUUGUCAGAAAGGAAGCAAGGAAAAGGAUACCACAAGAGCUAGAUGCAAGCGUGGAAUUGGUGUGUGCACCCUUCCUGCUAACAGGUGUGCUUCUCCAGUUAUCUCCCUGACCACCAAAAGAAAGUUUGGAAGCAAAGAUGUGCCACCUAAAGCUGUUGGUCUUCUACAUUGCACUUUCUUUGACUAUGAGCUGUUUGGAAGCUAUGCCUAUUGAAAAAUUACUAUCUGUGGCUGAUGAUCUCUCUGAUGAUACUUCCAAGAGACAAGGAUGGAUAUUGCCAAUAAUAUCACAGAAUACACUCUCAAGAUUUAGUGAGGAAAUGCCAGAACAAGCAGCAGCAAAGACAAAAAGUCACCACCUGGAGAAACGGAAAUGCAAUACUGCAACAUGUGUGACACAACGCUUGGCUGACUUCUUAGUUCGAUCCAGCAACAGCAUUGGAGCAAUUUACUCACCUACAAAUGUAGGGUCCAAUACAUAUGGAAAGAGGGACACAGUUGGGGUUUUGAGCAGAGAAUCCCAGAAUAAUCCAUAGCUUUAGGGUGUUCAAGUGACUACUGAUAGAGUUUUCAUCAUAAGCUCAGUUUUUAAUGUAUCAAUAACCUCUUGGUCAUUUAUUCCUUGUACAGUUUCAACAGUGCCUUGUUAUCUGUGCAUGCUCAUGUGAGGGUAUGUGAUUUAUAUUCAUCAUUUUGCUAUGCAUGUACAAUGAUGUGCAUAGGCUAUUGUUUCGGCUCCAUUAAGAACUCCAGAAAUUCGCUUGUCAAACUCCUUUGUAAAAGAAAAAAAAUUUAAAAAAUACAUACAUAAACCACAAUAAUAAAUGGAAAAGUAAUUGCAACAGGGUUUUUAAAGUAUUACUAUUAUUAAAAGGAUGAAGAAGAUAA